GGAAGCAAAUGAAUCGAUGAUUUUCCGUCAGAAAGCAAGGGUAACUGUUAGGUUAAAGAGUAGACACAGGAAUAGCAACUCUGGCAAUACACGAGGCUACCAAAGGGUGCCAUUAUCUUCAACAUCAUGGCCGAAGUUUCAACCUCGCCAGCAAAGCCCUUCAAGGUGAUUGUGGUGGGUGGUGGCAUUGCCGGACUGGCAAUGUCUCACGCACUGCAACUGGCCAAGAUUGAUCAUGUGGUCCUGGAGGCAUAUGGCGAGGUCUGCUCGCACGUCGGAGCCAGUAUUGGCUUAUGGCCGAACGGGAUUCGUGUGCUAGACCAGAUGGGCGCGUGGAAGCAAAUAAGCGAGCACUGCUCACCAAUGAACCACUCGUACAACCGUCUGCCCGAUGGCAGGGCCGUGAGCGUCAGCCGCAUGGCUGAUAUGAUCAUCGAAAGGAACGGUUACGACUUCGUGGUGCUGGAGAGGGAGCACGUUGUCAAAGGUCUUUGGGACAAUAUUCCCGACCAGUCUCUCAUCAAGGUCAACCAGCGCGUCAACAAGAUUGACGAGGACGCCAACGGCGUUACCGUCCAUACUACCGACGGUGAAAAAUACGAGGGAGACAUUGUCGUGGCCUGCGAUGGCGUUAACAGCUUCGUACGUGAUCACAUGUGGGACAUGGCGAACAGGUUCUCGCCAGGCCUGAUCCCUGCGGCGGAGAAGACGUCGCUCGCGACUACAUACUGCUGCUUGAUUGGCUUUGCGCCCGAAAUGGCCGGCAUCGGUCUUGGCGACUGCCAGACAGUCCACAACCAAGGUUUCUCAUUCCUCAUCAUCACACAGCCUGGACGCACCUUCUUCUUUGUGUUUAUUAAGCUCCCCGAGGUAGUGAGAUGGCCCAACCGCCUGAAGUUUACUGCAGAAGAUGCCGAGCGCGAGGCAGCUAAGCUAGCUGCGCUCCCUGUGACGGAGAGUCUGCUCUUUGGUGAGAUCUGGAAGAAAAAGAUCCGAGGUCAGCUCAUCCCUCUGGAGGAGGUGGUAUUCGAUCACUGGCAUCAUGGCCGCACAGUCCUGUUGGGUGACUCUGUUCACAAGCUGACUAUUAACCUUGCCUUUGGAGGAAACUCCGCCCUCGAAAGCACAGCUGCAUUUGUCAACGUGCUGAACCGGGAACUCAAGGCUCUCCCCGCCGGCGAGAAGAUGAGCCAAGAGACCCUCUCAGAAGCCUUCGAAGAGUACCAAGGUCUUCGCAAGCCGCGUAUGAAGAAGGUGCUCAACCUUGCGUACCAGCUCACCCGCCUCCAGGCAUGGGACGGCUGGUUCAUGAAGUUCGUCCAGAGUUGGGUUAUCCCGUGGGUGGGCGAUGGGCAGGUUGUCGACCACUUUUCCGAGCUUGUAAGGGCCGGUCACCGCCUCGAUUUCGUUCCGGUUCCGCCUCACAAGGAGGGUUAUGUCCCAUUCAACGAUGAGCUGAAGGACAAGGAUGGUCCGCUCUACGAGACCCACAAGGCACCCUCUGACUUUGGCUCCGUCAUCCGAAGACUUGUGCUUCCAUGGAUCGCUGUAUCGUCGGCUCUUGUUGCGGGUGCUGCCUACUCGCUCUCCGGUUAGCCACUUCAGGGGCCGCGCAGACACAUGGCUAUAGAGAGUGGGCCUGUAUACAUAGAAGAGGACUGGAAUUGUAUGGGGCGGGGUAUCCUAGAUUGCUUCGCUGGUGUGACAGAAUCAGAUUCUGUUGUGAAAAAAAGCACCGCACUACUCCACGCUAGAAUGUUUGGCUUGCUCGGUUACAUUGCAGAACAAGAUGUCAUUUUAGCAGCACUAGACUAAC